AUGGGCUCUCUGUUCCACAGUGAAGAGGUCUGUCUGGUCCAGAUCUUCCUCCAGACGGCAUCGGCCUACAACUGUGUCAGUGAACUGGGAGAGCUGGAGAUCGUGGAGUUCAGAGAUCUGAAUCCGAAUGUGAAUGCGUUCCAGAGGAAGUUUGUGAGCGAGGUGAGGAGAUGUGAGGAACUGGAGAAAACCUUCGAGUUUUUGGAGCAGGAGAUUGUCCGCAGUCUCUCUCAGAAACUGCAGCCCCCCAUCCCGACCCCUCCGGCCCCUCAGUCCAGAGAACUCCUCUCCAUUGAGGAGGACAGUGAGCGCUUGGCCCGAGAGCUCAGAGAGGUGUCCAGGAACAGAGACAGUCUGCGGUCUCCGUACACUCAGCUGUGUCAGUACAGAGGGGUUUUAAAACAGACACAUUCCCUCACAGCAUCACAGGCUCCGCUGGUGUCGUUCGAGCCGGUGGCUCUGGCAGAGAACCGGCAGGACGUCCAGCUGAGCUUUGUGGCCGGCGUGGUCCAUCCGUGGAAAGUUCCCGCCUUCGAGAGGCUGUUAUGGCGGGCAUGUCGUGGUUACAUCAUUGUGGACUUUCAUGAGAUGGAAGAAAAACUUAAACAUCCUGAUUCUGGUGAGGAGGUGCAGUGGACCGUGUUUUUAAUCUCGUUCUGGGGAAUUCAGAUCGGUCAUAAAGUGAAGAAGAUCUGCGACUGGCAACAAACACAUUGCUUCGAGCACCCAAAACAGAACUGGCUGACCGGAAGGCGCAGAGCACUCCUGCCUAAGUUCCUCAACAGCCUUAGACAGGACACGGAUCAGCUCGGUGUCCACAGAAGUCCUGGUGUCAACUGGCUGGCUGUCUACACCAUCAUCACGUUUCCCUUCCUGUUUGCCGUCAUGUUCGGGGACGUUGGACACGGUCUUCUGAUGACGCUGGUGGCUCUCUGGAUGAUUCUGGAAGAGAAGGAUUCAAAACUGAGGAAAAACACUAAUGAAAUCUGGGGUCUGGCCAAUAAUCAUCUGACGUUCCUCAACAGCUAUAAGAUGAAGAUGUCUGUCAUUAUUGGAGUCUUCCAUAUGACCUUUGGUGUGUGUUUAUCCUUAUUCAACUACAUACACUUCAAUGAUAUCAGCAGUGUGUUUCUGGUGCUGAUCCCGGAGCUGAGUUUCAUGCUGUGUCUGUUUGGAUACCUGAUCUUCAUGGUCAUCUAUAGGUGGGUGGUGUAUGGCCCCAUAACCUCCGACUCUGCUCCCAGUAUUCUCAUCCACUUUAUAGACAUGUUCCUGUUUACUGAGAAUAAGGACAACAAACCUCUCUAUACAGGACAGGAGACAGAUCAGAAACACCAGGGUCUGGAUUGUGGCACUUCUCAGAAGAUCCUGCAGCUCUUUCAGGGCCUGGCUGCUCAGAACAAAACAAUUAGACACCUGUCCAGGGCUGACACAUUCAGCUUUAUCCUGCAGUACAGGGGACUGGGACCGGUCAAACAGAGCACUGGUCAGCUGUCAGCUGAGGGGGUGAGAGAGCAGCUAAGAACCGCGGCGGAACGUCGCAAGGUCAGGCAUGUCCGGGAGGAACCUUUGCGGGAGGUGGACAAUCUGGGUAAAGUGAGGCAAGUACAUCGCUCUGCAAUAAAACCUUGGGUGGGUGAGAGUCCUUUGGUUAACGCUCCUGAAUGUAACUUAGGGGGACCAAUAGCACCUGCUGCGGAAGAGGAGGAGAUCGGAGACUGGUUUGUAGUGGUACCCGACGCCCCUCAAGGGGGGCAGAGGUCAGUGCCACUGGUUGAGGUCCCAGUAGGAGGUUCCGGAAGGGACCACACCGUCACAGACAAUCUCCCAGAGGAGGAAGAGAAUGCAGGGGUUAUAGCACCCACCACAGGUUACGGGGGUAAGGCGCACAAGAAGGCUGAUGGCAGGACACCAUCCUAA